GGCUUCUGUUUGUACGGCGCUCCGUGUAUAUAGGUCAAACUGCUGGAUCAGAUCAGCUGGCUAUAGCUUGAUGUACCGCCUGCGUGCUAGUGUCUUGGUCAAAUCGAAGACGCCAGGUGAAAAAUGUCACUAAAUUCCAAACUCAUUCGGUACUGCCAAAAGUUUAGAAAUACACAAGGGAUUUUGGAAAGACACUGUAAAUCUGGCAAUAUAUGUUUUGGAGCGCAGCAGGACAUUAUUCAAAAUGGAAGGUGUAUCACAACUUUGACCACCAAAGAACAGAGACUUCUUAAAAGGGAGACAACUUCAAUCUGUGCUCCUGUUAACUGGUACUAUGGGGCACCCAGGUCGCAGGAUGUGUUUUCGCAGAAAGACGGUAAUAACAUCGUCAGGAGUCCAUACGAAGAUCUGGAUAUACCGAAAGUCACCUUUACAGAGUACGUCUUCUCACAGCUGGAUGACCACAAGAGUCCAGUGUGCUUGGUAGACAGUUCAACAGGAAGGAAACAGUCCGCAUCCGAACUGAAAGACAUAACUGUGCGCGUGGCAAGUGGACUGACGAGAAUGGGGUACAAAAAGGGUGAUAAAAUUAUCAUAUUUGCAAGAAAUUGUAUGGAGUAUCCAGUAAUGUUCCUUGCCUGUGGCGCCACGGGGAUCGUACUCAGUACCGCUAACCCAGUGUACACUCCGAGUGAACUUGGCCGCCAAUUAAAACAUUCUGGAUGUGUUGCCAUAGUUACAUUACCAAGCAUGCUGGAAACAGUGAGAAAAGCCUUGGCGUCUGAUCCAGAAGUCAAACAAAACAUUAAGCAUGUGAUAUCGAUAGGGGGAGGCGAGGGGUGUGUCCCAUUCUCGAAUCUGGCCGAGGAUGAUGGGAAGGCAUUUCCGGAAAAUGUUGUCAUCGACCCAAUGACGGAUGUCCUUACAUUGCCCUACUCUAGUGGAACAACGGGGCUGCCGAAGGGUGUGGAACUUACUCAUAAUAACUUAGUGGCAAACCUCGUCCAGUGCAUCAGAGGUCCAAUGAAGCUAGAUCCCAACACCGAAUGUCUCAUGGGUUUCCUGCCUUUUUACCAUAUUUACGGAAUGGUUCCGGUACAGCUUGGUGCAAUCUGCCUAGGAACCAAACUAGUCGUCAUGCCUAAGUUUGAGCCGGAGGUAUUUCUCCGGGCCAUAGAAGAGCAUAAAAUUUCAUACAUGCAUAUCGUGCCACCAACCAUACUGUUUCUGGCUAAGAGCCCCCUUGUGGAGAAGUUUGAUGUGAGCAGCCUGAAGACUUUGGUGUGUGCAGCCGCGCCCCUGGGGGUGGGGCUGACGGGGGAGACAAAGACCAGGCUUAAUGUGGACAUCACACAAGCUUAUGGUCUGACGGAGUGUAGUCCUCUCACCCACUAUGACACAUACCCGGGGAAGGAGGGGACCAUAGGGCAAUUGGUGACAAACACAGACGGCAAGGUAGUGGAUAUUGAGACUGGUCAAGCGUUACUCCAGGGACAGACCGGUGAGAUCAUGAUACGGGGGCCACAAGUGAUGAAAGGCUAUCUCAAUAACCAGAAGGCUACAGAUGAAAUGGUUGUGGAUGGCUGGUUACAUACAGGUGAUAUCGGCCAUUAUGACAAGGAGGGAUACUUUAUUGUGUCAGACAGAAUGAAGGAACUCAUCAAGUACAAGGGCUACCAGGUGGCGCCUGCCGAACUAGAAGCCCUUAUCUGUACCCACCCUAUGGUAGAAGAUGUGGCAGUGAUUGGUGUGACGUCAGAGGCUGGCGAAGGUCACGGCGAGGUCCCCAGAGCGUUUGUCGUCCCUAAGACCGACUGUCAACUCACAGAGGAGGACGUUUCCAAGUUUGUACAAGAGCAUUUGUCACCGUACAAGUGGUUGAGAGGAGGAGUAGAAUUGACAGACUCCAUACCAAAAACAGCCAGUGGAAAAAUCCUUAGGCGUCAACUUAAAAAAUAACGAUUUCUUUUAAUCAUGUACAAUAUUCUAGUCCUUUUCAGACGUAUCGAUGAAUGAAAUAUAUUCUAGUCCUUUCAAGACGUAUGUUUCUUUCUCUGAUUUGCAGUUUCACUCCAGCAAAAAAUUGAAAGUUUGUUUUAAAUUUGUUUACUUUAGACUAAAAGCAUUGGUUUACAAAGAUAAGUGCGGUAAUAGGACUUUAUAAGGUAAAUCUUGAUUAUUCGAAAUACAUCUCAAACAAAAGUAGGUACAUCUUGUACGCUAGCGUAUAGUUAUAUUUUCUGUAUUUAGUUUAUGAUCUCAACUUGCAUGCAUGUACAUAUCUUGUGUGAGCUUGUGUACUGUAUGAUGGAAGUGGAGGUUGAGAAUGUAAGCUUAAGUUUAUGUGUUCAUACGUCAUUAUGUACAAUAAUUUGUUUUAAUUAGAUGAAUGCUCUGUGUUGUGACGUAUGUAGGCCACGUGAUUUGGUUUCACCAUCCCACCAUACCGUAUUUGUCCGAAUUAAUACCAAGAUCAUCUGUAAAACAUUCGGAGCGCUAGUAAAAUUGUUUUUUUUAUGUCAAUUGUUUAAAUAAAUGCAAUAAAAAUGUUUGAAACAUUUAACAAUGUAAUAUUGUUUAGUUGAAUAAGUUUUAAGGGAGAAUAGUUGGCUUAUGAAGAUUUUCCAGAUGACCAAUAUUAGUCUGAUUUCUUGAGUGUUCAUAGCUUUCAGGGGCAAUUUAGAAAUAACGGGAAAAGGGUUACACACACAAUCUUUUUGAGACAUUCCAUGGUAUCUGGACAACGAGAUGAUAUUUGGAUUAUGACUUGAGAUAAAAACAAUGGGUUUCAGUGUUCACCACAACUAGACAGGCUCGUACGUUUAAGAUCUUUUUAUUUACAUUUUAUCAGAGGUAUUAUUACGGCUGUCAAGUAUUUGGUGAAUAAAAUGUUUAACCAUUUUGAAA